AUGUAUGAGGGUGCGGGUCUAUACCAGGACGACGAGUGGGAACCUACCCCCGGCCUCGAGUGGCUUGUGACAGACCCCUUCAAGUACACCGACUUCUCCGACUUCGUGUACGAUGCAGCAGAAAUUGCCGUGCCUAUUGAGAACCACAAUGACAACUAUCCGUAUCCGUAUCCGUAUCGCCGCUCGGAUAUUCUAAUGGACGCCGGCGACGAGACCGAGUCCGACCCCGAGAUGGCCGCCGAGAUACACUCGGGAAUGGUAUCUGUAUGUGGCACGACUACAAGGGAGAGCAGCAGCGAUCCCUUCACCGACAAUCCUAACUCGACUACCCUGCGAAUGACCCUCGAACACCCUAUGCUGAACCGUCUGUUUUUCGACGGCAUCCCGUUCAUUGAGGAGUUCUCUGGUGGACUUCGUCAGAUUAUCAAUGAGGUUAUGUUAGAGCCGAUUACUGCUGGGUUCAACUACGCUCGUCUCUCGAAGACUCUGCGUGACGCUUCUGCGAUUCCGGAUGUUGGGGAGGUUCGUCCUGGCUAUUGGGAACUUCGAAACAGGGCUCGCAUUUGGAAAUGCUGUGAGCGGAUCAUCGAGAAGAUGGGAUAA